AAAUCAAAGACCCUAAUCAGCAUCACAUCCAAGACCAGAAUACGCAUUGUUUGAUGUAUUACCCUAAUGACAUCACAUUGCUGCAAUGCUGUGCUUGUCAUAGAGAAGGUGUCGCAAAGUAAUGUUCUUCAUAUAACAUGAAUUCGUCCAUGGGUCAUUUUGUAAAGAUUUGAUAUGUUCCGCAUCUGUUCAAGACAUCAUGGCGAGGAAAUAUAUUUUCAUUUGUAAGCCUAUCAGUCGUGAUCCUCCUAUUACGCAAGUGUUAGGUUGUUGAGUAGAGACGCAUUGCAAAAGAUUGCCUGCUCGCUCUGUGGAAUUAAGCAGGAUACAUUCUCCCACUACCCUGCCCGGAAAAGUCGACUGCAUUGUCUUUGCUGAACGGGUGGACAAAGAAGCAAGCCAUAUAUGAAAACUAAUUGCUCGCGUGGGUAAGCAUAUAUUGGCUAUCAAGAAAGAAUACACGCUUUAAACUAUGCGUGGAUGGAAUUAAUUCAAACGACAAGAGAAGUUAUUAACGACCAACAUUAUCAAGGAGAGCAGUAUGUUUGUCAACCUUGAUUUGCUUACCAUAAAAUAAAAUACAUACGAGUUAACUAUUCUAGGCUAUUGUACUCGUCGACCUUCACGACCAUCUCAGACUUUUAGAUACGCAGAAUAGCAGAAACCGCGUGGCUGAAUUUAAAACCAACCGCAAAGCGUUUAUUCCAUGUCCGUGUCUGUUCAACAGCACUAGCUGCCUACCCAUUGCUUCAAAGGAUUCUUAACUGCAUGGCUUUCUACCUUCAUCAUUCCUAAUGCCAAUAUUGGUACAUGCAUAUUGCACUAUAUGAAUAUACCUCUGAUACAGUCUAACGGUUCUUAUUCAAUUCAAGGCUAAUUUGACUGAGGCCACACUGACACUUUCCUUGGACGAUAGCUCUGGAUUUCAGAUUCGCUUUUCAGUUUGCACAUCUUUUUCUGUCUCAAUUGGAUCGUAUUGGGAUUAAGGUGGGGUUUUAACCCGAUGCAGAUAACAGGGAGGUGUAUUUCCCAUGACAUUUGUCUUGGUCACUGGAUUUUUGAUAAUGAUGGUUUAAGAAAGGACUUCGCCUACCAAUUUGGUGACCAAUUUCUGAAGUAAUAUUCAACCCGUUGUUGGUUACUACGUCUCUCGUCAAUUUCACUCCUCUUCGAUUAGAAAUGCUUCAGUAAGACAAUGUUUGAACAGUGGAAAUAACGCCCAUGUGUCUACCCCUAAACAUCCACGGCGAAUCCUAUUAAUGACAACGGUAAAGCCUGCUUUGAAGUCAUCAUUGAGAGAAGCAUUUGAGAAGAGACUACAAAUACUGCCUGGUCGUCUGUGAGCUGCCUGGGACUCAACAUUCUGUUUCAUUGAGCCCUGCCAGGGGAUUAACCAGGGAUGGUGUCAACUGACGCUUUUUCACCCCUUCAGGAUGGUCUCUAGGUGUUUCUCUCUAAUGCCAGUGGGUGUUGUUCUACUCUCAGAGCUGUGACUGACUGACUGCAAGAGAGACGGGAUGCCUAUACCCAUGUGAUAUCUGCCAUGGAGACCAGAGCUUGAUAUCUGGAUCUGGAAGCUGAUAGACAGACAGACCAUGGAGCGUCUGGUUGUGUGUGUGCUGCUGUGUGUACUGCUGUGUGCGGUGCUGGUGAAGGGCUACAACUGCCCCGGCCGCUGCAUCUGCCAGCACCUCUCCCCCACUCUGACUCUGCUCUGCGCUAAGACCGGUCUGCUGUUUGUGCCUCCAACCAUCGACCGCAAGACCGUAGAGCUGCGUCUCACAGACAACUUCAUCACCAUUAUCCGCAGGAAAGACUUUUUCAACAUGACCAGCCUGGUCCACCUCACCCUGUCCCGUAACACCAUCAGCCAGAUCACGCCCAACGCCUUCCUGGGCCUGCGCUCUCUACGAGCCCUCCACAUGGACGGCAACCGCCUAAGUGUCAUCAAGAGCGACCACUUCAAAGGCCUGGUCAACCUCCGCCACCUCAUACUGGGGAACAACCAGAUCCACCAUGUGGCCCCUACCUCCUUUGAUGAGUUUGUGUCGACCAUCGAGGACUUGGAUCUGUCCAACAACAACCUGAGGACCCUGCCCUGGGAGGAGAUAGGCAGGAUGAGCCACAUCAACACCCUCACCCUUGAUCACAACCUGAUUGAUCACAUUGGAGCUGGGACUUUCACGCUCCUCACCAAGCUGGUUCGUCUGGAUAUGACCUCUAACCGGCUGCAGAAGCUACCACCGGACAGCCUGUUUCAGCAUGCCCAGGUGCUGUCAGACGCCAAGGGCUCCAACCCGUCCUCCCUGGCAGUGAGCUUCGGGGGAAAUCCUCUCCACUGUAACUGUGAGCUGCUGUGGCUCCGCAGACUGACCCGGGAGGAUGACCUGGAGACCUGCGCCUCCCCGGAGCAUCUCAUGGACAAGUACUUCUGGUCCAUCCAGGAGGAGGAUUUUAUCUGUGAGCCCCCACUCAUCACCAAACACAUAUCCACCAAGCCCUACGUCAUGGAGGGUCAGGGGGUCACCCUCAAGUGCAAGGCCAUGGGAGACCCGGACCCAGCCAUCCACUGGCGCUUCCCAGAUGGCAAGCUGGUGCACAACAACUCCCGCACCAUCCUGUAUGACAACGGUACCUUGGACAUCCUCAUCACCACCUUAAAGGACAGUGGUGCCUUCAACUGUGUGGCCUCCAAUGCUGCCGGCAUCGCCACAGCUGCCGUGGAGAUCAACAUGAUCCCUCUGCCAUUGUUCGUCAACAACACAUUGCACCACAUGCGCGAGGCCGAUCGGGGCCUCUCUGACAUCACCACCUCCUCCAAGUCAGGCAACGACACCAAGGGCCAUGACAAGCACCAGGACAAGAGGGUGGUGGUGGCCGAGCUGACCUCCUCCUCGGCUGUGAUUCGCUGGCCCUCCGAGCGCCACAUCCCAGGCAUCAGGAUGUACCAGAUCCAGUAUAACAGCACUGCAGACGACACACUGGUUUACAGAAUGAUCCCGUCCACCAGUAAGACCUUCCUGAUCAACGACCUGGCGGCAGGCCGGGAGUAUGACCUGUGUGUCCUGGCGGUGUACGACGAUGGCAUCACCUCUCUGACGGCCACGCGCGUGGUGGGCUGUGUCCAGUUCUACACGGCCAGCGAGGUCAGCCAGUGUCGCUUCAUCCACAGCCAGUUUCUGGGUGGCACCAUGAUAAUUAUCAUUGGCGGCAUCAUUGUGGCUUCAGUGCUGGUGUUUAUCAUCAUCCUCAUGAUCCGCUACAAGGCGCACAGCAGCCCCGAGGACAGCAAGGCCAAGGUCAGCUCCAGCAUGCACUCCCAGACCAACGGCAGCCAGAACAGACUCCAGCGCUCCACCUUCAAGCAACUUGCUGAGGACAGUCACCAGAGAGAAGCUCUACCGGUGGCAGCCAAGGAGUGCAUGGCCCUGGUGCUGAAGGUGGACAGUGACAAGAGGGAGUGGGACACCCCUCCAACCACUAUGGCCGUCCUGGAAGUGGAGCUGCCCCCCCUGCCCACGGACAAGAUGAAGAGGACCAGCCUGGACAUCCAGUGCUCUGGAUCUGGCCCCCCGUCGGAGGACACACAGACAGACAGCAGCCUGACGGGCUCCACCAUGUCCUUGUGUCUCCUAGGCCCCAACGCCGGCACCAAGGAGGCCCCCAGGCUCAAGGACAAGAAGAGCGCCCUGGCCAACAUGGGGUUUAAUAAUGAGCUGGCACGAACUAGGCACAGGUUCAGCUUUGAUGGGGGAGACUACUCCAUAUUUCAGAGCCACAGUUACCCCCGCAGAGCGCGGACGAGGCGGCACAAGUCCACCAACCAGCUCAACGUGGAGUCCUCGCCGCUCGCCAACCGGAGAGUGACUUUUAGCAGCACUGAAUGGAUGCUGGAGAGCACAGUGUAAGAGAUGCAACCUGGCCUCUCUGGAUUGCUGUCACACACAUACACACAGACACACACCAACAGUUUGAAACAUACACAUCUACACAUUAACAAAUAAAGUUACAUGCAUACACACACAGACUCUCAGAGAGAGUUGCUGGAGAAGAACAUAGUCUCCUUUCAUCCUGCCUCCCCUCAUACUCCCAGAGAGACAAAGUUGUUGGCCAUUUCAUUAUUUUAUGCAGCAGUGCCUUAUUCUAAAAUAUGUACAAAUGGAGGAUGCUGCUCACUGUAGUCAUAAACCUUACUUUCUAUCAUGGUUUCCCCCUGUUUCAUGGGGAGUGUUGCUUAGAUUUUUUUACAUGCCAAGGGGUGGGGCAAAUGUGAGUUUUCCAUUUAAUGUUAAAAAACAAAGAUCACACUGUAAAGUGAACAACCAGGUAUCCUGUAUGUUGAUCAUCCUUUGGGUUCUUUCAAAGACUUUUGCACACGAAGACACGACGAUACGAUGACAAGUAUCACACCAGUCUAUACAGUAAUAAAAAUAUUAUAGAACUAUACACAUGCCGAUUUCAAAUGUUAGCAUAGAGAGGAUGGACAUGAAAAAUCUGUGGACUCCUCAAUGCUGGUUGGACUCAAUGAUAUUACUAGGUAUUGUUCCUGAUGUGACUGUAUGAUAUUAAUCGGUAUUGUAUCUGGCUGGUCUAGAUAAAGUUAACUAAAAUUACAUAUAGAAGUAUAUUAAAAACAUUGGUGUAUGUGUACUAUGUAAGUAAGUCAUAUGUCACAACUUUUUACUGAGCAUUUGAGUGUUGGCCACAAGUUCUUACAUUAAAAACCUGUGUCAUCACACUUCUCCCUAUUUAGUAUGACAAGGUUUGGACCACUUAUCCCUCAUGAGAGGGUAUUAAAUUUUUUGGUGUGGGUUAACUGUA